GACACACAGAGCUGUGUGACACUCCUCCACUGCAGAGCUUAGAAGCCUGGAACGAGGGAGACGCAGCUCCUCAGUAGACAAAAUAAGCGAGAGAUCCCUCUCUUCUCUCUCUCUCUCUCUCUCUCUCCCUCUCUCUCCCUCUAUCCCUCCCUCACAGCGGCCUGCAGAGGUCAAGAGUUUCCUUGCGGGGCUCCAAGGCCUCGUUCUGAGGGUUUGUGGUCCUCUGUGUGAGUGUGUGUUCUCUGAGAGUGUGUGUGUGUGUGUCCUCUGUGAUCAAGUGUGUCGUCUCUGUGAGUGAGUGUGUGUGUGUCCCCUUCUGUGUGUGUGUGUGUGUGUGUGUGUUUGUGUGUGCGUGCUGACGAUGUCGGACCCGGCGACCGAGCUGCCCUUCUACUUCGGCAGCAUCAGCCGUGCGGAGGCGGAGGACCACCUGAAGCUGGCGGGCAUGGCGGACGGCCUCUUCCUGCUGCGCCAGUGCCUCCGCAGCCUGGGCGGCUACGUGCUGUCGCUGGUCUGGGACCUGCAGUUCCACCACUACCCCGUGGAGAAGCAGAUGAACGGCACCUACUGCGUGUCCGGCGGCAAGCCCCACUGCGGGCCGGCCGAGCUGUGCGAGUACUACAGCAAGGACGCGGACGGGCUGGUGUGCCCCCUCAAGAGGCCCUGCCUGCGCGCCCCCGAGAACCCCAUCCGCCCCGGCGUCUUCGACACGCUCCGCGACAACAUGCUGCGCGAGUACGUCAGGCAGACCUGGCACCUGGAGGGAGAGGCCAUGGAACAGGCCAUCAUCAGUCAGGCUCCUCAGCUGGAGAAGCUGAUUGCAACCACCGCCCACGAGAAGAUGACCUGGUUCCACGGAAAGGUCGCCCGUCAGGAGGGCGAGAGACGCCUCUACUCCGGCAUCCAGCCCGACGGCAAGUUCCUGGUAAGACAGAAAGAAGGCACUGGCACCUUCGCGCUCUCUCUCAUGUACGGGAAAACCGUCUACCAUUACCAGAUCCAGCUGGACAAAUCAGGAAAGUACUUCAUGCCAGAGGGAACCAAGUUCGACACCGUGUGGCAGCUGGUGGAGUAUCUGAAGAUGAAACCUGACGGACUGGUCACGGUACUGAAGGAUCCGUGUGUGAACCGCAGUAACGCCAGUGCAGUCGCUACUCCCGUUGUACCGCAGUACAAGAGGCAGCCAGGAUCAAAUGGAUACACACCGCCUCCCCGUGUGAACUCCAUUGCGGACGAGCCUCGGCGGGCCAUGCCCAUGGACACCAGCGAGUUCACGAGCCCGUACGACGACCCCGAGGAGCUGAAGGAGAAGAAGCUCUUCCUGAAGAGGGAGCAGCUGAUGAUUGACGAGGUGGAGCUGGGCUCCGGGAACUUUGGCUGCGUCAAGAAAGGCGUCUACAAGAUGAGGAAGAAGCACCUGGACGUGGCCAUCAAGGUUCUGAAGAGCGAGAACGAGAAGGGCGUGAAGGACGAGAUGAUGCGUGAGGCGGAGAUCAUGCACCAGCUGGACAACCCCUACAUCGUGCGCAUGAUCGGCCUGUGCGAGGCCGAGUCCCUCAUGCUCGUCAUGGAGAUGGCCCCCGCCGGCCCACUCAACAAGUUCCUCUCCAGCAAGAAGGACCAGUUGACGGCGGAGAACGUGGUGGAGCUGAUGCACCAGGUGUCUCUGGGGAUGCUGUACCUGGAGCAGAAGAACUUCGUGCACCGAGACCUGGCCGCCCGCAACGUGCUGCUGGUCAACCAGCACUACGCCAAGAUCAGCGACUUCGGCCUGUCCAAGGCCCUGGGCGCCGACGACAACUAUUACAAGGCCCGCUCGGCUGGGAAGUGGCCGCUGAAGUGGUACGCCCCAGAGUGCAUCUGCUUCCACAAGUUCUCCAGCAAGAGUGACGUGUGGAGCUUCGGCGUGACCAUGUGGGAGGCCUUCUCGUUCGGAGGGAAGCCUUAUAAGAAAAUGAAAGGCCCGGAGGUGAUUAGUUUUAUUGAGAGUGGCAGUCGAAUGGACAACCCAACAGGAUGCCCUGACAUUAUGUACAAGGUCAUGCUGGACUGCUGGAUCUACAAGCAUGAGGAUAGGCCCUGCUUUGCCAAGGUGGAGGAGCGUAUGCGGACCUACUACUAUUCCAUCUCCAAUAAGACUUCCUUGGAUGCCGUGCCCGGGGUCACGGAUCCUGUCGCUUAGCGCUGCCCGCUGCCCUCUGAGUUAUGUGCCAUGGCAAUCUGUAGCACUGUUAUGUUAUGUAGCCAAUGCCAGCUAGCAAACCAUUUACGAACCAUGAGUCUGAAGCCAUGUCCUCAUUAAAUGCUUGGUUUAAUUGCUCUUUUUACAGCUCAUGAAUUGAGUUUCUUGCUUGGUAGGCACUAAAACAAAUGAAAAGGUCGGCACAUUUUUGCUUUUCAAAUAAUACUGUUUUACUGAAUAAAGGAAAGAA